AUGCGUGUGCUUAUAUCGAAACACGUCUUCGCCGAGGCUCAGCCUGGGGUGUAUCGUCAUACCACCAUAUCCUGGGCCAUAUGCGAGCCUGACCAGAGUCAUCUCCUAAAACAUAGAUUGGACGAUUGCUUUCGAUCCGCCAGCCGCCAAGCCGACUCGCUUCGUCUCAACGGAUAUCGUGAGCCGGAGCUCGGCGACAGAUGCGGCUUCAGUCUUGCUUUUCAGAGCGAUGCGAGCUUCUGGGAGUACAUCACUAAGCACGACCCUGUGCGAGGCGAGAACUUCAACAAGGCAAUGAAGAGCGUCCAGAUCAACAGUCUGUCUGACAUACCCAACUUGUACCCGUUCGACAGCCUCGCUGAGACCGGGGGGCUGAUUGUGGAUGUGGGUGGCGGUCAUGGCCAAGUAAGCCGUGCCAUCUUGGCAAACUAUCCCAACAGCUACUUGCGCUGCGUAGUGCAGGACAGGUUUGUUGCUUCGCUCCCAACCGCAGAUGCAAACGGCAGUCAGACCAGUGAAGUCGGCAAAGUCGGCACUGGCAGUGUCACGUUCGAGAAGCACAACUUUUUCGAUCCGCAGCCCAUCAAAGGAGCUGCAGCCUACUUUUUUCGCCACAUUUUCCAUGACUGGCCGGAUAGCGCUUGCAGGGAGAUACUCAAGCAGACAGUGCUUGCCAUGGACACACAAAGCCGUAUAUUGAUAUGCGAUCAGAUUGUAGACGAAAAGUCUAGCUCGGUCCACUCAAUGCUAUAUGAUCUUGAUAUGAUGAGUUUGUUUGGAGGCAAGGAACGGAGGCUAUCCGAAUGGGAAGCACUCAUCACUGAGGCGGACAAGAGGCUUCGAAUCACAGAUACGAAGAAGUCAUCCAAUUCGCCUACUACAAUCUUGGAGAUUAGACUCGGAUAA